AUGCUCUGGCACGACCCCUUGCGCAUCGCAGAGCUAGAGAGUCGUUUGGCGCAGUAUGAGAAGGCCGAAAAUGAGAAGCACACCUGCCAUCAAUCCGUCUCCGGAUUGAUUCAACCGUCUCAUGUACCGAGUCUGGCGGGAUUCCCAGAGACACCGGGCACGUCGGCGGGCACUUCGCAGCCUAUUGACCGCGGUUUCAUGGCCCAGCCUGCGGGGGAUGAAGCGUCGAUGUCAUCUGGUCAGUCUCUUCAAGCAGCUGUUUCAUCUUCACCACAAUCCGUCAUCGCGGCGGAUGCAUCCCUGAGCUCCAGCCAUACCUUCGGUUCUCGAGUGCAGGAUCUACUGGGCAACCCAGGGCCUUCCACUAACGAUAGAACACCCCCCUCAUCCGUAUCGGCAGGUAUGGCCGGGGUUCGUCGUGAGUCUGUUGCUCCCUGGAAUGUGCCCCAAUAUAGUGGCCCGGGGGACCUCGAACUUCCCAGCGAGGAGAAGGCAUAUCAACUGCUGAGCGUGGUCAACUUUUUCAUUGGCCAGACUCAACACCAUUUUGACGUGCGCGAUUUCUCCGAUCAUCUGGGCAUCUUCUACGCCGGGAGGAGGGACCCUUCCCAAGUGAGCAGCCUUUGGUAUCUGCAGAUGAUACUCGUGUUUUCUAUCGGGAAGCUUUUCAGCGGUGACUUUGACGAUGCUGGACUACCUGGCUCCGCGCUCUUCGAGUACGCCGAGAAGCUAAUCCCAAGCUUGAGCGAACUGUACUCAUAUGGAAGGACCGGUGUUGAGGUUCUUGGUUUGACUGCCGUGUAUCUCCAGAACGCAGGCCGGAAGGAGGAGGCGCAUAUCUACAUUAGUACAGCUCUGCGAAUCGCAGUGGCACGCGGCUUCCAUCGCUAUUCUAGGGUGAAACAUCUCUUGCGAUCCGAGAGAGUGCAUCUUAAUCGUCUGUGGUGGACAAUCUACAUGCAAGAGAAACGUCUUGCUGCAGCUACAGGAAACCCUUCCAGUAUCAACGACGAAGCGAUUGAACUGGACAUGCCAUCAGAUGCACUUGGCUUCUCACCCGCCGCACCUAUCUGUGUCAAUAUCCGGAUAGCACGGGUGACAGGCCGGAUUAUCAAAACUCUAUACGGGCGAGAUCUUCAACCAGAGGAAGCAUUCGUGCCCACCGUCCAAGCUAUCGUCAAAUCACUCCACGAAAUAUCUGCAGAGAUACCAUCAGAUUUGACUAGAAACAUGCCUAGCCUAACACCGAGUCUGUCCCUGAGAACUUCAGCUUAUCUCCACAUUAUGCUCUAUCAGGCCAUCCUCCUCACCAUCCGCCCGAUUCUGCUGCACGUCGCCCGACUCAUCCUGAGCAGAGACAACCAGAACUACGCAGACCUCAUCAACUCAUCCCUGGGAAGACUGUCCCGCACCUGCGCAGAAGCAGCAAGGAGACUACUAGAAGUAGUUAUCGUGCUAAGAAGAGAAGAUUUUCUCGCAAUAUUCGGUUUCUUCGACUUCGAUGCAACAUUCUCAACCGCCUUCAUCAUGAUCCUAACUGCAAUAUUCGAUUCCGCAUGCGCAGAAGAAACCCAAAAGAUCAACCCCUCCCCCGGCCUCAACGACGCUCUAGAAGUUCUCCAAUACCUUGCCGACCACGGCAACCACUUCGCCAUUGAACGACUCAAGGAAAUCGAAGCUGUCUGGUCUCAUUUACCUGUUCACCAUCAUCAUCAACCAAUGUCUGAGUCCGCCAUCUCAUCGGCUUCAUCAUCCGGGCCUUCGUCAACGUCACAAGAUCCUAGUUCCGGUUCCCUGACUGUGGAACAGCAGGGUGAUCAACCGACUUGCGUCAUAGGGGAUCGAGAUAAAGAUCGUCAACACCAAGCACAAAGACAUACAGACUUAGCCACCUACAGGCAAGACCAGCAAGGUAUCGUCGACGCAGACUUUUGGAACAGUAUCUCCCAUUUCUGGCUUCCGCAGAAUACCGACGCAGGAGGAGCAUACGCCCAUAUCAAUAGCAACAACGAGAACAACAAUGAGAUGCUUACUACGAGUCCGUCCAUCGAGAGUACCUAUAAUCACUAUCAGUCUUUAUACAGUAAUCUGGACUGGACGCCGACGGGCGAGGAUACGAUUGAUUUUGCUGAGUUGGGGAGGUACGUUUUGAAUAACAGGGCUUGAAAAGAGGCCUCCUGGCUUUGGUCUUGUUAUGUUGUUAUCUGGAGUAGUGGUGUUGGUUUCCUGGGCUCUUUCUGGGCUUUCUCUUUCGGGUUUUUAUACCCUAUUACGAGAUAUGAAGGGCGCUGGUCUUCCUUCCAUGGAUUCAAAUCGGUAAAUGUAAAAUAAUACUGGGAAAGGUAGAUAAGACCAGGGACACGACCUGCAGAUACUGCAGUUCCACAUCGACAGUACUAUUCAGUUUACUUCGUACGCAUUGAUAAUUCAUCCAUUCAUGCAUAUGAAUACAUGAAGUCGAUAAAAAUGCUGGAAGAAUAACUAACAAUAAAAAAGAACGUCAUCCCAGUCAUCCAUCAUCAAUCAUGAUCAUGAAUCGUCAACUGCUCAUCUUAAUAACUCUGAACCUCCUUUAGUAGUCACAAAUCGAGCAAAGCAUGAAGAUAAGAAGCAACAGGGAGAGACCACACACACACACACACACACACACAUACACAUAGAAAAAGGGCACUCAAACAGUAGCAUUAGCUACCCUCAUAAUGCUCAUAAUGCUCAUGUACUCAUCAACAAUCGCCCCAAUGUCGAAAAUACAAACACAAAAGGCCAAGCGAACCACGCUAUCCAGCCGCCUACAAGGGCGAGGAAGCCAGCUAUCCGACCUAAGAUCAUCAUGCAGAACCCGAAAGCGAUAAAAUAGACGAUAUAUUGACUAGAGCGGGCCAGAAACCUAAAUACCUCGCGACGGCUCGGUUUGGGCAAUUUGUCGAGAAAUUCUUUGAGCCCUUGCGCGGGAUUAGGCUUAGGCUUAGCCUCUUUGGCCGGUGAAUCAGCUGUCUUGGAGUUGGAGUCCUUGGAGUUGGAGCCCUUGGAGUUAGGGCCCUUGAUGCUUUUGGACGUAUUCGCACCUUUCGAUUUAUUGCUGGAUACGACGGCUGGAAUGAUUUUCACGGGCUGAGAUUCCGGAGCUUUGGGCUUGGGAGGGAAAAUGCGCUGAAAGAAUUGACGGGCACGCUCGGCUAGGGGAGCAUUAGGUUCACCGGAAGCUGCAGGUUUAUUUGGAGUCGUCGCCGCAGGCAAUGCAGGCAUGAUUUUUGGUAUUUGACCUUGCAUAAUCGGAACUCCAUUGGCAUACUGCAGUGGUAAUUGAUUACCCUGUUGCAAUGACAGUCCGUUGGCUGGCUGCAUGGGUAUCCCACUGACAUUCUGAACUGGUAUGCCAUUAAACUGCUGCACUGGCAAUCUAUUGGCCUGUUGUAUAGGUAUUCCACCGGCCUUCUGAGGCGGAACUACACUGAAUUGUUGCGGCUGUAGUUGCGGCUGUAGUUGCGGUUGUAGUUGUGGUUGUAGUUGUGGUUGUAGUUGUGGUUGUAGUUGCGGCUGUAAUUGCGGCUGGGACUGGGGCUGGGGCUGGGGCUGGGGCUGAGGUUGUGUUUGUGGUUGCGGUUGUGGUUGCAUCUUGUGCUCUUGCUGCACCGGCAAUGCGCCAAUCCGUUGCAUGGGAACUCCACCCAUAUGUUGAGGUGGUAUUCCAUUCAGCUGCUGCGGCUGUAUCCUCUGGUUUUGCUGCAUCGGUGCCGUGUUGACCUGACGAGGUAUCCCAUAGUUAUGCAGGUUGGGUAAUCCAGCACCAGGCAGAUUCGACAUGGGAUGGUUCAACCGACCUGGGGUAGCGUUAUCAAGAUGAGCCGACAUGCUAUUGCGCCUAGGAUUCAUCAUCUCGUCAACCGGCGGGUUUGCUGGUGCACGACUGAAGGGCCAAAAGCGGGAAACUCCAGCUGAAGAGGCGCCGUUUACUCCACUCCCUACACCGGCCUGCGUUCUAGUUUCGCGUGGAAGGGAAGGUGGCUGUGGCACAGGGGGAGGAGCCGGGGGAGGGAGUGCUUCUUCCUCGGAGAAAUCUUCAGAGUCUUCGUCAUAUCCGUCGGAUUCCUCAACUUCAUCGUCCAAAGGAACAUCGACUGGUAUCUGCGGAUGGUGACGAUACUCCGAUGGUGCCCGAGGAUCUCUCGCGUAUAGAUCAAGAUGGGAAAUACUUCGCCUUCUGGGUUCGACAACAGCAGGAUUUUGCGGCAACUUACGGUCCUCGUGCACGCUCCUGCCGGGGUGUUCUAUAGGCCACAUGUCGGUCUCUGGCAUAUGGGUGAACCCAUGCGUACUUCGCGGGCUUUCUGGACUCAUGCGUUCGCGUUCUGGAAGGGCUCGGAUCUUUGUGGCGGGAGGAUCGGACUUUGAAUCGCUUCUCGAAGAUGUGACGGACAUGGUGCUUGAUUUCCCUAGCGACACUUGCAUCGGAGGUCGUGACCCAAAUCGUAUGGAGAUCGUUUGAGGCUGGUUCCGAGAAUUCUCCUUCUUUUCGCUUACGGUUGAACGACGGGACCUGGGCAUGAUUACGCUUUUCCGAGAAUGACCUUUUGCCAUCGUCAGGGCGCCAUGUGUAGUAUGAGUGGUAGUGGGUGUGGUAGUGAAUGCAUUCCCGUCGUGACGUUUCUCUCGAGUAUGUACCAGGCUGUUCGAAUGCCGACUUGAUUGGGAGUGUUCCUUGUGCCGAGUCCGGCUCAUGGAAGGCUUCUUGACCACCCGUGGCAUCUGAUGGUCCGCCGUUUGGAGGUUGACUUUGGAUGACUGCUUCGGGUAUUGGGCAUGCUUCAAACUCCGAGAAAGGUGUCGCCAUUCGUCGUGAAGAUGCGCUCUCUCCUCCAUUUCCGGGGUCGAGUGCUGGGACGUUAUCUCCUCUUCUGACUCGUUCUCCGAGAUUGGGGAUGGCAGGUCGACGGAGUGUGGAUAAUGGCUGCCCGACGUAGGGAGCAACCGGAUGUUGUUGGGGUUCCCUUGCUCCCGGUGGUCUAUAUCCCCAUAGUCUAAAAAAGAGUCGUCCGAGUCUGAUUCGUGGAUCCGGUUGCUCGGCUCCAAGAGACGGUCUUCCCAGUGUCUGCCGGAUGAAUCGUUUCCCACGCGAUCAGAAUCGUGAUAUAGAAGGGAACGUUUAAGGGGCGAUGCAGGGGGCAGAGGAGGUGAAGGGGCUGGCGGUGGAUCGGGAGGAACGACUCGGGUCCUUCCGACAUUCGAUCUCAUACCAGACUCUCUAGAGGAAUGAGGUCGUCUAUUUCCCGGAGAUAUAGACCGCGGUGAAGCCUCAGGGUUGACUAAUGCAUUACCAUCGUGAUGAACUCUCCUCAGGCUUGGCUGCACGUUGGAAGCUUGCAGCUGAAAGUGCGCCGACUGGGGGGACUCUCUUCUCACUGGACGUUUGGCAACGGCAGAUUUUUUGCCUCGACCCCGUACAGCAUUCUGAGGCACUAACGCGGAUGAUAACGGUUCCUCCGAUUGAUCGCUGGAGAUUAUUGACGAGUCGCUCUCCUCAGAUGAUGCUGAAGAUGUGGCAUGACCAGCAUCUCGACGAAUGCACUGACCCCUUUUUGACCGCCACCCCUGCGGGCUCACGCCACGGCGAAUGGGCUCGUCCACACAGCUGUCUUCAGAUAUCUCAUCACUGGAGGAGGCACUGCUGCUGCUGGCGGUGCUGCUGGAGAUGCGACGAUUGGGAGCGCCAGUCCGAGGAUGGCGUGCGCUCCAUGUGAAAAGCUCAUGUCCGUCAGGAUGUUUUUCCUUGCCUGAACCUUUGGACGUCUGACGCCGGCGAGCACCUGGAGGAACUCUUCUGCGUGAAUGUCUCUGCUGAUCGCCAUCGCCGGACUCAUCAGACUCAUAUUUCUCCCGUCCUCUAUCAGCACGUCGAUGCUUCGCGUCUGUUGACGGCUCCCGAGACAGACGUGAUCUCACAUGCCGCAAGUUAUUUCGCGAUCUCGCAGUAGACAAACCGUUCUGGUGGCCUCUCUCCAUUUUGGUCAAGACCCUGGCCCCCGCGGGUCUCGUAGAUUUCGACUUCGCAGUAGCGUUGUUGCGGUGUGAGGUAGCAGAUUUCGACACACAAGGUUUGGCGUCUUGGUUCGCGAACCGUACCGAUGGCCUUUGCAAGCGGUGCUUAUGCUGCAGGUCCCUGGGGCAUGGAGUACUUGGUUCUGGGUUGGCAAUGCAACCGAUGAAAGCAUCGUGGUGGGCUGGAUGGGGAAUGUUGGCCCGACUUCUGUGCCCGGCG